AUGUGAUGCUAAGGUAACUGUUCACGCAGUGUCUUUCUUUUUCUUCUUCUGCGACAUCGUCCCUGUGUCAACGGGGAAAGGUAGGCAGGGCUGCUAGGUGACAUAACACUGACAUCGAAUCAAUUUUUUUUUUUUUUUUUUUUUUUUUUUUUUUUUGCAAUAUAAAUUAUUUUUUUAAAAGUAAUUGAGAUUUUUAACUCACAAUUUUUUAUGAUUUAAAAGAAAAUUAUAAUCGAAUCAAUUUUUUUUUUUUUUUUUUUAUAUUUUUUUUUUUGCAAUAUACAUUAUCUGUAUAAAAGUAACUGAGAUUUUUAACUCACCAUAUUUCAUGAUUUAAAAGAAAACUAUAAAUAUGACGUCAUUAAUCUUUUGUUGGAAACUCAAAAACAGUACUUUAAAAAAACCAAAAACAAACAUCAUGGUGUGUGAGAUUUUUAUGAAUGAACUAUUAAAACAAAAGUUUCUUUACAAACCAUGCAUUCAAGUCACGCGUGGUGUAAAGGCGCACCAUUGUGUACUAAAUAAAGACUGGGAAUUUUAUUUCCCGCGCCUGUUAAGACAUUUCGUUGAAGACAUUUCUUUCAUAUCUAGAGAACAAGUAUUUGUGACUUUUAAAUCCUUUACAUUAACUCCUCUUUUUUCGCGUGUUUCUUUCUGGCUGGGUGUGAGGCAACAUCUUCGGUAGGCUAAUUGACCUACUUCCCGUCAACCUAUGGAGCUAUAAUUCGGCUAUAUUGAAUCGUUACCAAUGACAACAAAUUUUAAUUAAAAUGUCAUCCCCACUCUUUAACCCCAAACCCCAAAAUCAGUUUUAAUUUUUUUUUUCAAGGGGAAGUUGGUAACCAGAGUAGUAAUGAUGUGAUUAUAGACUAUUUUAAGUUAGCAAGUAUGGAUCAUUUUUCCGUUUGAAAAACAACUCGAAAUAAGCAUGUUGUACAAGAUUUCACAAGACGGUCGCACUUUUUGUUUUUAACCCUGCAAAUGAUUAUACUGUUGUUUGAAUUUAGAGUAAUAAAGCAGAGGAUUAGGAUUGUAUUUAAUAGGCAGGGUAAGGGCGUGAAUUAGUGGAAAAAGUAAUAGCAAAAUAUGAUCCCAACUCGUCUGUGGUCUCUGGGGUUACGACUCAUCACGUCCAGUCAUACAACAUGCCAACAACCCAGUCAAAUGGGGUCACAAAGUUCACUCAACACACGCAAUAAUCGUCAGUCACGUACACUAUCACAGUCCACUGUCUUUCUACGUGGUUUCGGGUGAUCUUGUACUGAGCAGAUUUAUCAAUGGCCAAAUAAAUUUCCGACGCAGUUUUGAUUAUUUAUAAUAAACAAUACAAACACGAGGUGCAAUUCCUCUUGGAUGUUCGUUACAAACAAAGAUAUUAUACAUAGAUUAUAUAUAACUUCAUUCGCUAUAUUAACCUUAUGUCAAGGAACACCAAAGUGAUCAGAUUGUAAGACUAUUCAAAGUGAUAAUCUUCAAAAAAUUACCAGCUGUUGUCCAACUCGUGAUUGUUUCUUUUCUUUUUUUAACAUUUUUUGUUUUUUAUAUAGACUAUAGAUAGCUUCCGUAGAAAAACUGCACAGCUCUUCUCUUAUCUCAAAAUGAACGCUGUGGUCCUUGGUGUUUACAACUUUUUAUUGUGUAUAGGUAGGUAGAAGAAAGAAAUAGGGUUUUAUUUUGGCAGGAAUAAUUUUUUGUUGUUGUUUGGACACAUGUCCCCGGUUUCAGAUUAGCAGAAUAUUAUUUUAGAUGUGACGUUUUACGGAUUAUUGUGAUAUGUUAUAUCACAACACUUUAUCAUUUAACUUCUCUUUAUUUUUUCUUUAUUCACAAUUUACAUAAAAGAAAUAAAAAUUUGUUUUCAACAACAGUUUUUGGUUCGUUUCGACACUUAUUCUAACUAGUUUUGAAUCUCCCAAAACAUCAUAUGUAUUUUGUUUUUUUAAUUUAAUAAAAUUGACAAUGCAUAUUUGACUUGUUUAAAAAAAAAAAAUGAACCCCAGUGGCGAUUUAAUUUUUUCAAACAGGGCUAGGGCUGACCCAAAUUCACAUCGGAGCCAUCAAUGAACUCGAGACCUUGACCUGCCCCGUGUGUGAUGGCAAAGCCCAUGCUUUUCCGGCAUGCUUGAAUGGGCCGUCACAUCCCUGCCACCCUGACGAGGUAGCUAUCAGAGAGUGUAGCAAUAUCAUGUUAACAAGCUCUACCUUUGAUUCCACAGGACUUGAUCGUUGCCGUGUCCAAAAGUUUUCAUGCGAAAAGUUCUCUUGCUUGCGUUUACAUUACGUGGUCCAAAUUAAGGACACAAUACAUGGUUCAAAUUAAGGACACAAUACAUGGUUCAAAUUUAGGACCCAAUUCUUGGUUAAAAUUAAGUACACAUUGCAUGGUUAAAAUUAAGGAGCCAAUACAUGGUUAAAAUUUAGGAGCCAAUACAUUGUUAAAAUUAAGGAGCCAAUACAAGAUUAAAAUUAAGGAGCCAAUACAUGGUUAAAAUUAGGGAGCCAAUACAUGGUUAAAAUUAAGGAGCCAAUACAUGGUUAAAAUUAAGGACACAUUACAUGGUUCAAAUUACGGACACAUUGCGUGCUACAAAUUAGGGAACCAUGACAUGAUUCAAAUAAGGAUACACUGCAUGGCCCAAAUUAGAAAGUCAUUAAAUUUUUUUUAAAAAAAUCAAUAAAUUCUCAACUGAUUACUUUGCAAUAAAAUAUAAUUUAAAUGUUAACCUAUUCAGCUGGUGGUUGGUUUCGGUAUUAAGGUUGUCAUGCUUAUAAGAUGCGAAUGUUGACCCAUUUAAAACACUAUUAUUUUUCUAAAACAUGGUUUAUACUAAUCAGGCCAGUAAUGUACACCGAUCUUUUUUUUUUAAAGCACAACGUUCAUGUAAAACAAUUGGCUCAAAAAAUUAAUUCCCCUGUCUUCUAAGGUAUGUUCCGUCAAGUACACAGACGAUCAGCCAGUAUACAAGUGUCAAAAAGCUGUCGUAAGUAAACACGGUUGACAAAAAGCCGCCAGUUUGUCAUGUUUGGUUUAGGUUUUGGUUUCCUUCUAGUUUUCACUCUACUGGAUGAUUCUUAUCGCUUUUUUUUUUCCUUUCUUUUUUUUUUUGAAAGUAAAAAAAAAAUAUUGAUACUAGUAUCAUUUUUUAUAUCAUGUAAAUAACUAAGACACUUGUUCUUUCCAAUAAUUGAACAUUACAAGCGAAAGUUAGAAAAAAUUAUCCUGGCUGAGUGAACGGCAAUCUUUGUUAUCGCUUUUUUUUUUCCUUUCUUUUUUUUUUUGAAAGUAAAAAAAAAAUAUUGAUACUAGUAUCAUUUUUUAUAUCAUGUAAAUAACUAAGACACUUGUUCUUUCCAAUAAAUGAACAUUACAAGCGAAAGUUAGAAAAAAUUAUCCUGGCUGAGUGAACGGCAAUCUUUGGUAAUGCGAAGUGAAGGAAAGUUAAAAUGCAAGUUUUUUAACAACGGUUUAAAAUUACACUUAUUACAAAACUGUUUUGAAAUUUUUCAUGAGGAUCGAUUGUUCCGCUAUUCCCAAAUCAAUACAGAUGAUUACAAAAUUUAUUUAUUCAGUUUUAAAAAAAUAUAUAUAUUGUGUCAAUAAUUUUUUUUCCAGGAUUGUCAAAGACCAGCAGCUCACCCCACCUUGUUAUGUCCUUUGUUCGGAGUUGAAAUCCAUCUAGGCCAAUGUCAAGCGUGCUGUGGGACGAUAUCUUGUGUCCAGGGCGUGACUCAGCAGAUACAGCAUCAGUUCAGUAUGUCAACAUCUCUAGAUGUCAUGUGUUUAUUAGUCAUUUCAAGGACUUUAGGUGUCAACCCCCCCACCCACUCGCAAGUUAGGCUUUCUUAGGCUGUCUAGCUUUGGGUUUGAUUUCAAAUAAAAGUAAAAUCACGUCAAUAUAAUGCACUCACCAAUAGAAGUAGAAAAAAAAAAGAGAUAACACACUUCAAUUCAAUUCAAUUCAAACCACAAUGAACAAUGUGUUAGAUAAUAUUUUAGGGAAAAGUAUAGCAAGAAACAUUAUCUUCUGUACUUGAGUAGUUCAAAGGAACGAUUUCAAAUCAGUUGAAAACAAAAUGAACUAAGCGUAAGAUAAUAUUUGUGGGGGAAAACAUAUAAAAAAAAACAUAAGCUUCUGUACUUAGGUCGUUCAGUGGAACGAUUCUUUACAUAGGCUUUCAGCCGUUUGAAAUGUGUCCCGUUAUGACUUGGUUAGCUGCACCUACACAGUAACUUUGAUCUCGGGGAACACAUAGAAAAAAGAAGGGGAAAAAAAGGUUUACAAGUUGAGGUGUUUUCAUUUAAGUGAUACAAUUUUGAAGCUUGAAAGAUUAGAUUUGUUAUGGAUUUUUUAUUUAUUUAUUUUUAUAUUGUUUAAGGUAUGCACUUAAAUCAGGAUUGAAGGAAAAGAUUAUCCACAUGUAUCUCGAGCUUUUUCUUGAAUUCCUUCCCCUUCCUAUCUAACCGAACUUAUUUCUGUCUACUUCACCCCUUCGACAGCUUCGUGCCUCCGCAGAUGCGCGUAUUCUUUCUGUCCCCAAGACUCGCACAAGAACAUACGGUGAUCGAUCGUUCUCUUUCUGUGCCCCUAAAUAAUUGCGUUCUCUUCCAUUGCACAUCCGCAAUAUACCGAUCACCACAGCCUUCAAAACUGCACUCAAAACACAUCUUUUUAAACUCAACUAUCCAGACUGAUUCCCCCCUCUGACAGAAAAAACGAUGCUACUAGGUGUCGUCCAUGGCUUGACAUGUAAAUAGUUUUAAAAAUACAUUUGUUUUGUUUUAUUGAAUUAAUGUAUGUCAAUUAAUAUUUUAAGUGUUUUGAUUAUGUUUGUACAGCGUGCUGAGCCCAGCACUAGUCAGGGGUACCAUGCUAUAUAAAACCACUUAUAAUAAUAAUAAUAUAAUAAUCUCAAGCCAUAAGUUUAUAUAUUUUUUAUUUUUAAUGUGUGGCGAGACUAUAUUACUUCCAAUGAUUUCUUAAAACACUAAAGGAUUUCAUAAAAUAAUAGCUAGCAAAGAAUAUCGGGUAGUCUACAUUCACACUGAUCAAUUACACCACUAAUCCAAUUCUGAACUCGUUGGCUAUCCAACUGAUUCACUACCCAAAUGAUUCGCUGCCAAAAUUAUUCACUACCCAACUGCUUAGGUAUCUAACUGAUUUACUCCCCAACUGAUUCACUACCCAAAUGACUCACUAUCCAACUGAUUCACGAUCCAACUGAUUUGCAACCCAACUCAUUCACUACCCAACUCAUUCACUACCCUACUAAUCAACUACCCUAAUGAUUUAACUACCCAACUAUUUAACUAUCCACCUGGUUCAGCACCCAAGUGAUCUACAGUUCCAAUUUUUUAUUACCCAAUGUACUUAAUCAAUACCAACUGAUUCAAUAACCAACUGAAUCAUUACGCAUUUCAUUCACUACCCACAUAAUUCAAUACAGAAAGUAUGCUCUACACAUAUAAGUCACUACUUAAAUUAUUCACUGCUCAACGGAUUCACUAUCCAACUGAUUCACUACCCAAGUGAUUCACUACCCAACUGAUUCACUACCAAACUGAUUCACUACCCAACUGAUUCACUACCCAACUGAUUCACUACCCAACCGAUUCACUACCCAACUGAUUCACGAUCCAACUGAUCAACUACCCAACUGAUCAACUAUUCAAAUGAUCCACUUCCCGAUUGUACGAACCUCCAAUGAUCAGCCGCCUACUUGCCCCCUUACCUUAACGUUGCCCAAUCAUCUUUAUGUAUCAGAGAGUUUAGAAAACAAGUUUCUGUUGCUUUUUUUCCUAUGCUAAACCUGCAGGUCAACGUCUGCUCUGUCCUGGUAGCUGCACCGAGACUAACCUGGCCGAGUGUGUGCAAGCUGGAACAUACUGUACUCAAGGACAGGUUGGUCGGACGUCAUAUGUGAUGCGCGAUUUUUGAUACGUGUUAUGUGAUGGUGAUAGUUGAUCUUUGAUAUGUGAUAUGAUAGUCAUUGAUAUAGACUUCUCAACGCUGAACAUUUUGAUGAAUUCAAAACUCGAUGUGUUGUGUGCGCACUCUUGUAGAGUUGUGUCUAUCAGAUGUCAUUCGUAAUUUGACGACAGGCAACACUGUGACAAUACACUGACUUAUUUGCGACUCCUGGUCCCCAGUUCUGCGAAGUUGUGUUCGACGACCACCUGAGUGUCAAGGGACAGUGCAGAAACAAUAACGAAUUGCCGGUGAGAGACCUUUACCUAGUAGGCGAUGCCAAAAGUGACCGAGUAAACAGCCACCCUGUGGUUUUUGAAAUAGGAGAACAGAAAGUUUAGUAAAACUUGAUAAAAGCUAAACAAACAUUUUUAUGUUUGAAACCAAGCUAAAAGUUUUAAUUUUGAAACAAAUUAAAUAUAUUAUUUUUGAAACGAGUUAGAGCGUUAACUUUGAAACUAAACAAAAUUUGUUAAUUUUGAAACCGAGCAAAACAUGUCAGUUUAGAAAUUAGUUAAAAGUGUUAAUUUUGAAACGAGUUAAACGUGUUAAUUUUUGCAACCAAGCUAAGUGUUAAUUUUAAAACCAAGCUAAAAUGUUAAUUUUGAAACGAGGUAAAAGUGUUAAUUUUGAAAUGAGGUAAAAGUGUUAAUUUUGAAACGAGGUAAAAGUGUUAAUUUUGAAACGAGGUAAAAGUGUUAAUUUUGAAACGAGGUAAAAGUGUUAAUUUUGAAACGAGGUAAAAGUGUUAAUUUUGAAAUGAGGUAAAAGUGUUAAUUUUGAAACGAGGUAAAAGUGUUAAUUUUGAAAUGAGGUAAAAGUGUUAAUUUUGAAACGAGGUAAAAGUGUUAAUUUUGAAACGAGGUAAAAGUGUUAAUUUUGAAACGAGGUAAAAGUGUUAAUUUUGAAACGAGGUAAAAGUGUUAAUUUUGAAACGAGGUAAAAGUGUUAAUUUUGAAACCAAGCUGAACGUGUUAAUUUUGAAAUUUUUUUUUUCCACCGAUUAGCAUCCUAAAAAUCAAAUAACUAUUCUCUUCUCCCCAGAAAUGUCUCGAGGAACAAUCAAAGCAUCCUUGUGUCAUCACGGAGCAUGCGCACAGAUGUUUUUGGGACUGUUGCUCCGACACCACCUGCCUGACUAAACACUUUAGUCCUUACAUAGGUGAUCAUGCUUGGACCUCUUCUUACCUGUGCAUGCUAUUUAAUAUAAAGUAUACACUAUCUUUAAAAAAAAAAAAAGACACGAUCUAGCAUUCUCUUUAGGGUUACAGAAAUCAGGUAUCAAGUCAAACCUUAUGUGUUUAAUUAUUUAACGGGAGUACAUGUUGUCAUAUUCAAAGGAAGCUCUCAGUCGUAACAGCGCUGGGGUUAUCAACCCCCGAAAAAGUCAUUGAAUAACACUCUUUAACUUGGUCAGUGGUAGGGACAGAUAAAGAGAAAGAUGUUUGUUCGCGUUAGUUCAUACAUUAAUAUCAACCUAAAGGACAGAGUCUUUCUGUCAGGUGGGAUUUUGUUUCAUUCCAGCAUCUAAUUUUUUAAUAUAUAAAUGUUUCGACUCUGCUGUCAUCCUGGUAGCCAAAGAAACAUAAUCGGUCAUAUAACUAAUCAUUUGUAUGAUAAGAAAUCCAAUUUUUUUUUCUACUAACCAAUUCAAUAAAUAUCCAAGAAUUAAAAAAAAAACCCCAGUUUAGAAUAAAUACAAUGUCUAUAAAUGUCUAUAUACGUGUAUCCAUGGAUGGUUGGGGGCUUGUUAACCUUAGAUGGCAACACAUCUAGUUAAAGGACAACUCUGAAUUCAAAGCCGGAGAUUGAUACCCGUAGGCGGUAUGUCAUUAUCUCUAAAGACCGAACGAAAAUGAUUUUCUGAUUUCGGCCGAAACGGAAACUAGGUUGAAAUUAAACCGAAAGUGACAUUUUGUUUCGACCGAAACCGAAAUUAAAACAAAACUUCACUUUUUGUUUUCGGCCGAUGAAGUUAUUCCACUCAUACAUUCUACAUAUAUCAAAAUAAAUGAUGGGAGAAAGUAUCAAUAUUUACAAUCUUUUUUUUAAAAAUGAGUUCAUCAUGAAUAUUAAUAAAUGAACAUUAAAUGAAUACUCUUGCCUUUUAAUAUUUAAAUUUAAAUGUAAUUAAAAUUUCUUAAAUUUUUUUAAAAAUUACUAUGAUAAGAGCAAAUUUGGACCGGGGAGGGGGGGGGGGGCAAAAUUCAUGCAAAUAGACCCUUGAGUGGCCUUUUAAUUCGGUGACCACCUCCCCUCUCCCUUGGUGGGGGAAAUUAUUAUUAUUUUUUUUUUAACCGGGUUUAUUAAAAUAGUUCUUCUGACGGGUUUCGACGAACAAUCGUAAGACAUCUAAAUUGGUCGCCUAAGCCAGUGAUACAUGCAUACACGUGUUAUUUUUCUCAAUAACAAUGUUUAUGACCAUGAUAAUGAUGAAUUUCAAGAAAUAAAUGAAUUGAAAAAGCCUAGGUAUCCUUAAAUUUAAAUAAAAAAAAAAAAAAAAAAAGGAACAAUUUUACCAUUAUUUAAAUAAAAAAAAAAAAAAAAAAUAGGUACAAUUUUACCAUUUCCUAGGAUUAUUCAUCUUUGCCUAUGGCAACAUUGAUGAGCAUGAUGAUGAUAAAUCAAAAUGAAUAUCACAAAUAAAGGAAUUGAAUAAACCUAGGGUUCCAAAUUUAAAUUUUGACAAAAAUUAAAACAAAAAUAAUGAUAUAAAGUAUUACCAUUCCACUAGUUUUCCUACCACAAAACUGCUUACAUUUGCCUAGGCCUAAAUAAAAUGUAUUUUUUUGGAAAUAAAUGAUGAGUAGGUCUGGUUCUGGUCCUGGUUCUGGUAGUGUUUGUUGCUGCAUCCAUGUACUGGCAUUUUUGCAAUGGUUGGGGGUAUGUUGCUGCUAUUCUAACAGUUCCUAGCUGAUGCCAGGCCAGCCUUGGAGCUUUCGACUGAUGUCGAGUUCACAGUGGCAUCGUUCAGGUUGUUCCAUGUUAUUAUUGUGCAUGGGAAGAAAGAUUUUUUAUACUGCACUGUGUUGCACUGAGGCACUUUGAAGCAUUUGCUAUUGUUUCUGGUGUAAUUGUUAAUGGGAAUGUCAGUGGUGAAGUCCAUGAUCAGUGAGCGUUUUGCUCUGAUCUGUAUGCACAGGCAACAACACAAACUCCAACAACAGGGCCGUCAGGUCAUCAUGCCGCUGUGAGUAGUUUUUGCAGAGUACUAGUCAUAUAACAUACGAUGAUAGCUAGACGUCGAGCAAUAAUGAAUAUCGGAUUGUCAGCCUAAAGACAGAAAGACAGUCUGAUAGAUGACCGAGAACUCCAAUCAUUUUCAACCGAAACCGAAAUUAAAUCGAAAGUUAAAAAAAAACCAAAAGAAAUAAACACCUUGAACAUUGUUAAAUUUUACCAAACUUUUCCUUUACAGUCGUCAAUACCAUCAGUCAGACCACCCAACGUCAGGUGACAGCUACAAUGGCACCAACACUACCUCCCACACCGGCAACGACACAAGCUCCAAUAACAGGACCGUCUGGUGAGUAGUUUGUGAAAAUUUUAAAUUUCAAUGAAGAUUUUACGGUCAGACAAAAAGGCAGGGCGGAUAGAAUCAUGGUAGACAUGUCGAUAGUUGUAUCAGACAGACGGUCAGGUAGAAUCCAGGUAGACAUGUCGAAAGUUGUGUUAUUAUUUAACAAAAUAUAUGUGCCUCUCAUGUGAGCAGUGAGCAGUGAGCAGUGAGGUGUAGUGAUUGAUUGAAUGGCUCAGUCCCUUUUGGAUAAUUUUAAAAUAAUUUGAUACGCCACAGUAAAGCCGAUCACCUGCUAUGAUUGUGAUGGUGGAUUAUGUCAGCACAAUGAGAGAAAUGCCACCUGUCCAGGAGGAUACUGUAUGUUGACAGUGGAUGAAGACACAGGUGGCGGUCGGUACAUCAAGAAAAGGUGAGAUUUGUGAUUUAGGAUUGUUGUGAUCACGUCAUGUCAGUUCACAUCAGUGACGUCAUUCCCGUGUACCUCAAUGAUUUCCUCUCCUUGUAUAUCAGUUACGUCCUGUCUGUGUACAUAAAUGACGUCUUGCCUAUGUAACACCAUGACAUCCUUCCUGUGUACAUCAGUGACGUCCUGCAUGUGUACAUUAAUGACUUCCUCUCUUAGAACAUCAAUGGCGUCACGUCUGUGUACAACAAUGACGUCAUGUCUGUGUACAUAAAUGCUUUCUACUAUGUGCACACGAAUGAUGGGUUGCCUGUGUACAUCUAUAAUGUCAUUUUAUUUGUACAUUAAUGACGUUUUGCCUCUGUACAUAAAUGACGUCAUGGUUGUGUACAUAAAUGACAUCAUUACUGUUUUCAUCGAUGGCGUCCUAUCUGUGUACAUCAAUGAUGUCCUGCCUGUGUACUUCAAUGACAUCCUGUCUGUGUACACCAUUGACGUGCUAUCUCUGUACAUAAGAGACGUAUUGUCUGUGAAAAUCAGUAAUGCGUUGCCUGUGUACACAUACGACGGCCAUCUGUGUACACCAAUGACACACUGCAUGUAUACAUCGAGAAAGUCCUGAUUGUGUACAUCGAUGAUGUCAUGCAUGUUAAAGUUUAAGUCAUACACGUCUUUACCUUAGCUGUUUUCAGCUGAAUAUAAGUUUCGCCAUCAUGUAUCAGGAAAUGUUCUAUUCAUGUUGUGUUUCUUGUUUGGUCUUGUCUGCUGAAAAAGACGUUUAACUGAAAAUUCAUUUUAAGUGUCCUUUCUUUUUUCCCAAGCCUAAAAAUAUCUUGUCGCACUAUUUAAUUUCUUUGUGGAAGAAACUGUUUAAGCAAUUAGUGAAUAUGACAUGUUAAAAAAAAAAAAAGUUGAGAACAUCUUAGCGCGCCAAUGUCUUAAAUUAACUUUUGGUGCAUUCAUCAGAUGCUCCGAUGAGACAGAGUGCUAUGACAGCUGGAGCAACGGUUGGAAAGAGGAUCAGCUGUGCGCCCAAUAUCUUUUGACACCCACGAAAAUAAGCGGUCAAGAUAUGUCGUGCCAGUUCUGCUGUACUGGAGACCAUUGCAAUAAUCAUAUUGACAUACAGAAUGUUUACAAAUUUUAGUGAACCUCAGUUUACCUGUUGUAUUCGACACCGUAGUGGUAGUCCGUUUUAUAUAUACAUAGAGUACACCUAAAUAUAACAUUUUUUGGUGCCCGUAAUAGCAAUAUCAUAAUGUAAGCUAUUCUCUGAUCAUGAAGUCUCCACGAGUCAUUAUUUUAAACACAAUAUAAACCCAUAAGUUAAAGUAAGUUCACUUAUUAGAUACACUCCCGUAAAGAACUUCUGUUAUCCCUUUAUUUCUUACAUUUGACGUUCAAAUUUUUUUUUUUUGCAAUUUUAUUUCUAUAAGAUGUUCACGUUAAAUAAAUAGAAUUCGAACUCUGGAUGACAGGAACUAAAAAUACAAAAAAACAGAAAAAUUGGGGUAGGUGGUGGAAAAUGGAUUCUUACCUAAAUGGAAUAAAUUUAUUAUCGUAAAACAAAACCGUUUUUGCAAUGAUCUUCUUAUUUGUUAAUCAAUGUUCUGAUCAUGACUUUUAGAGCAGCCUUAUCCUUACAAAAUUUGAAAUUUUUAGAAAACUUUCGUGAAUGUCUUGCAAAAGUAAAAAAUCUAUUUCAUUGACAUCUAUUUUAAUUUAUAGAUUACACUUAGAAUUUUUAUAAAAAAUUAAGAACGAAAAGAAAAAACAAAAAUUAAAGAAAGGAAAAUAACAGGACGAAAAGCAAAAUUUAGUGUGAU